GUAUCGAUGGGCGCGCGGGCAAGUGGACCACCACCCGCCUUCUCGCAAUUCUAGUGUUCAUCCGGAGUGAUGGCAACCCCUGAGCCAAGACAACUCAGGCUUUGUACUGAUGCUCUUAUAAGACGAACAUAUUUCCAGUCUUCGAGGUAGCUUUUCUCAUCAUCGACCGUUCCAUUAACUCACUUGACCCAACCAUAAUCACUCUUUUAAAUUUUCCCAAGUUCCAAAACCCCAAACAUGAAGUUCUCAAUCGUUGCCGUCGUUCUUCCCCUCAUCGCGGGCACGAGCGCCGCCCCGUCAGUCGUCGAGCGCCAAUCCCCCGCUUGCGUGGCCUACAGCGGCAAAUUCCCUCACGAGCUUGUCUGGGGACAAUGGUUCCUCUGCUGCAACUACAAUGGUCCUGAUACCACAACCUACCAAAACUGCUGCGACAGACAGGGUGCGGGAACUGGAAGCGGUUUCCCUGGAUGUGCUUAG